AUGGGUGGCGGCGAUCUCAACUUGAAGAAAUCCUUCCAUCCCUCACUGCAGCGCAACCAGCGCGCAGUCUGGGAAGAAGAACAAAAAGCCCUCGCCGAGCGCAAAAAGACCCAACAGCGCAUCAACGAACUCCGCGAAGAGCGCGCCCAAGAAGAAGUCCAACGCCAACUCGAAGCCGCAGGCGGCAGAAAGCGCGUCGAUCGCGUGGAAUGGAUGUAUCAGGGUCCCAAUGAUGGCCAGACCGGAACCGCUGAAGAAUCAGAGGCUUAUUUACUUGGAAAGCGAAGGAUUGAUACCCUCAUUAAAGGCACGGAACAUAAGAAACUGGAAAAGGAUGCUGGCGCGGAGAGUUUCAUGGCGUUGCAGAAUGCGAAUACUGCGAGGGAUACAGCUGCCAAGAUUCGAGAUGAUCCGCUCGUGGCGAUCAUGCGACAGCAACAAGCUAUGAUGAACGAUCCUGCGAAGCGACGCCAGAUUCUCUCUUCGGCGGGUAUCGAACAGAAGGAUGAGAAGUCACGCAAGAAGGAGGAUCGACAUAGGAGGAGACAUCGUCACCGAAGUGCGGAUGGGGAGGAUAGACAUCACAGACGAAGACGGUCUUAUUCACGUUCGCGAAGUCCGCGUCGACGGGAUGAUUCGAGAGAGGAUCGGCAUAGACGACGGAGGGAUGAUAGCAGGGAGAGACAUUCACGACGACGACGCGAUUCAGAUGAGGGGGAUAGACGUGAGACACGUUCUGGUAGCAGCGGGCGUGAGAGACGCUCCGACAGCAGAGACAGGCGCGAAGAUCGAAACGGAGACAGACGAAGCGGAGACAAGCAUGAUGGCGACAGACCCAACGGCGAUUCUCGCGACAGACAAAAUGGAGACUCCCGGGAAAGACGCACCGGCGACAACCGCAACGGAGACCGCUACGACAACAGACGAAACGGAGACUAUCGCGAUAAGGGAGACGUUCGCGAUCACCGAGACCGUCGAGACCACAGAAGAAGCUACCCCUCCAACCGCCCACGCAACAACCCAGAAGACGAAGCAGCCAAAGAAGAAGAGCGCCAGCGCAAACUAGCAGCCAUGCAAUCCGCCGCCACAGAACUCGACACCGACCGCCAAAAGCGUCUCGCAGAGCUCGACGAGCGCGAACAAGCUGCUAGAGAAGCAGAUGAUAAAGCUAGAGAACGUGGCGGUGAUCGAGGUUUUGUUAAUAAGUUGCAUCAACAAGCUGGUCAUAAGGGAUUGGCAGAACGUAUGGGUGGAGCGCGUAGGGGAUUUCAGAAGGAUGAUGAUUAG